GUACACUCAAAGACAAUUCCCUCUCCCCACUUUUUUGAUUGACUGGUCUCAUGGCUUCACGACUUCUUUCUACCGCCGUCAAGUCCCGCGUGGGAAUGGCUAAGCAGUUUGUUCGCCCUCUUGCUACUUCUGCCAAUGUUGCCACCCGCACUACCACCCUCUCCAACGGCUUGACAGUAGCUACUGAGGAGAACCCCUCCUCCCAGACUGCUACUGUUGGCGUCUGGAUCGAUGCCGGUUCCCGUGUUGAAUCUGCUGAGACCAACGGUGCUGCCUACUUCUUGGAGCACUUGGCUUUCAAGGGUUCCAAGCCUUCACAAAUUGAGAGCUUGGGUGGAAACUUCGAUGCUUACACUACUCGCGAACAUUCCGCCUUCCUUGCCCAGACUUUCAACAACAAUGUUGCUCAGACUGUCGAUAUCUUGUCUGAAGCUGUCCAGAACCCCAACCUUAGCGCCAUUGAUGAAGCUCGCGAAGCUAUCUUGAAGGAGCAACAGAAGGCUGCCAACAAUGGUGAGCAGAUUGUCUUCGAUCACUUGCACGCCACUGCUUUCCAAGGUGAAGGUCUUGGUCGUCCCAUUGCUGGUACUCCCGAGUCUGUUCAAGCCAUCUCUCGCGAUGACCUCUCCAACUUCAUUAAGAACAACUACGCCGGUGACCGUAUGGUCCUUGUUGGUGCUGGUAACGUCAACCACGAGGAACUUUGCAAGUUGGCUGAGCAGAAGUUCGGUUCUUUGUCUUCUGGAUCCUUGUCUGCCAAGUUGGCUCAAAAGCCCAAGUUCACUGGAUCUGAAAUCCGUCUUCGUGAUGAUACUCUUCCUGAAGCCCACAUCGCCCUCGCCGUUGAGGCUCCCAGUUUGGCAUCACCUGACUACUAUACUUCCCUUGUCAUGCAAUCCAUCAUUGGUGCAUGGGAUGCCAGCCUUGGCGGUAGCAGCCUCCUUGGAUCUCGUCUCUCCACCGUUGUUGACAAGCACCACCUCGCCAACAACUACUUCUCCUUCAACACCUCUUACAAGGAUACUGGUCUCUUCGGUAUUUACUUUGCCACCUCUAACGUAACCCAAAUUGACGACUUUGUCCACUUCACACAAAAGGAAUGGGCUCGUCUUUCUCAAACUGUCACCGAGGGUGAAGUUGAGCGUGCUAAGCAGAUCUUGAAGGGAAGCCUUCUUCUUGGUCUUGAUGGCUCCAAUGCUGUUGCUCAAGAUAUUGCUACCCAAGUCCUUGCUACUGGCAAGCGUUUGUCUGCUCAAGAGAUUGAACAAGCCAUCUCAAAGGUCACCGUUGCUGACGUCCACCGCGUUGCUAACAACACCCUCUGGGACAAGGAAGUUGCUGUGGUUGGUCAUGGUCCUGUUGAAGGUUUGACUGACUUCCUCAGAGUCCGUGGCUUCAUGUCCUACAACAGAUUCUAAGUUGGUCGAAAAAAAACAAAAGACGAGGUGUUUUAUAAAUUUUUUUUUUCUGCUUCCCCCUUCCCAUUUUCAUAAAAAGAAAAAAGCUUGAAUGGCGGUCGAGCGCUAUUUCUGUAAUAAGUGGUUAUUAGAAUCUUCCACGAAUCCGCAAAUGAUGACAAAAUAGAGCUUGCAAUCAUUUUCAACGCAAAUCCAAGAUAUCAAUUUUUAAAAAAUAAUGACAUUCACUGUUGGUGGCGGUGGUGCCUGGCCGAUCGGCUUGUCGAUCUU